AUGUGCGCCGAAACCCCAAUAGCCCAUAAAGUCCUCCAGCUUGCUGACUUGUAUUGUCUCUGCAGAAGCCUCUCGAGUCACGCCCUGGCCGCGUUGGCCGAGUUCCACGCCGAAAAGGACGCCCACCGAAAGACGUUUGAGAAGCUCAAGACCGGGGCGGCCCCCCGAGCCGGAGCCGUACCCGGGGUAGACCCGGAUCAGCAGCAGCUGAGCAUGGCGGCUUUCACAGAGGACUGGAACGAGUCGCAGUUUUGGUUCCUCGAUGAGACGGCCUUUGUCCUGGCCGAUCAGCUCCUCGACGGCGCAUCCGCCAGUUCGACUAUUGGUGUCUUAUCGACGCCGAGCGUAUUCGUUGCGCUCAAGAACCGCCUGAGACAUUGGCCGGUUGAGGACAGACCGAAGGUGGUUUUGUUCGAGCAUGACCACCGGUUCAGUGUCUUCCCCGAGUUUGUAUUUUAUGACUUUCAACGGCCUCUCCAGCUUCCAGGUUUGUGCUUUAUAGACAGCAUCAUCAUCGACCCGCCCUUCUUCAGCAGCGACUGCCAAACAAAGUUUGCCCUCACCGCCCGCUGGCUGCUUAAACCAGCUUCACCUCGCGUCAUUGUCUGCACAGGCGAGAGAAUGUCCUCUCUCGUCAGCAAGCUCUACCGCUCUCUCAAGGUCUACUCGACUACAUUUGAGCCGGCUCACUCUGGUCUGAGCAACCACUACUAUUGCUAUGCCAAUUUUGAGAGUUCCACAUGGGACUGGCGGUCUGACGACGAGUCUGACUGA